ACUGUCGCCCUCUAGUGUAGGAUUUAAAUAAUGUUGAUCAAUAAUCUUCAGUGUCAUUAGUCCUUAUAUAGAGAAGAUGAACCCUGUAUGAUCUCUCAGUAUCAGACACUGUAUCCUCCACUAGGUGGCGCUCUUUCAGUGUGAUUAAUGUAAUAUUCAGUCAGUGCUGAUGGUGGGAGGGGCCAGUAAAGCUGCUCAUUACUGAUAAAGAGCUGAAGAAAGAGGAAGUAACUAAAGCAGACAGAUGUAGAGACAGAGAGAUUCACACAGAGAACAUUCAGCAUAAAGAAGACUGAACUCAACUCACAAUGAAGAUCCUCCUCAUCUUCUUCACUUUCUACCUGAUCUCAGGUGCAGUGAGAUGCUUUAGUGUCUCUGGAUAUUCUGGAGGAAGUCUUCUUGUUGAUUCACAGAAGACUUGGUUCAGUUACUCCGCUAAAUAUAUGGCCAAAAUACCUGAGUGGAGAACAAUAAUAAAUGAUAAGAAAUAUUAUAACUGGAUUAAUGAGGGACGAUUCACACUGUUUCGUAACAGUGAUGGAAACCUCAUGAUCUUCAUUAGAGAUUUAAAUCAACAAGAUGCUGGAGAAUACCGGAUUACGGUUGAAAACCACUGGUAUAUUGAUAUGACUUUGAAUGUGGAAGAAGAUUCAUGUUGUAAAGUGUCAAAGAGAGUAACGGUGCGUAAUGGAGAAACUGCCUCAUUCAGCUGUGAAUAUUCACAGAAUCAUAUUAAUCAUCCCAAGAUCAUAUUCAAAGAAGGAAAAUAUUCUAUUGAUGAGGUGAUACGCACUGACAAAUGGAAUAAGAAAUUCAGCAUUUUUAAUGACAAACAUAAUCUCUUCAGUGUGAGAAUUACUGCUGUGACACCAGAUGAUGGAGGAGUUUAUUUAUGUGGAGUUUGGGAAUACAGACACUCAUACAGAUACUCCAUUAUUAAUACUGUUCAUCUACAUGUGGAUUUGUGCUGUGGAGUGUCAAAGACAGUGAUGGUAAAUAGAGGAGAAACUGCUGCUUUCAGCUGUGAAUAUUCAUGGAAUCAAAGGAAUGCUAGGAAGAGUAUAUACAAAACAGGAAAUGACAUCACUGAUGAGCUGAUCUCCACUACUGACACAUGGAAGAAGAAAGAAAGAUUCAGUAUUUCUGAUAACAGACAGAUAAAAAUCUUCACUAUGAGAAUUACUGCUGUGAGACCAGAUGAUGGAGGAGUUUAUUCAUGUGGAGUUUGGAUCAGAGAACAAUCGUACAGUUACUCAGUUAUUAAUAGAUUUAAUUUGCAUGUAAUUACUAAAGUGGGCGUGUCUAGAGUGAGCGGAUACUCAGGAGGUCGUAUGAUGAUCAAGUGUGAACAUCCUCAAUACAAAACCAAUCCAAAAUACAUCUGUAAAGAAUCAGAUGGAUGUUCAGAGAGGAAGAAUCCAGGAGUUCAGGAUGAAUGGAUGGAGAAUGGAGAUGUUUCUUUAUAUGACGACACCAGAGCAGGAGUCUUGAUGGUGUUUUUUAGAGACCUGAAAGCUGCAGAUGCAGGAACAUACAGGUGUGGAGUGAAUGUGUCUCACUAUACUGAGAGCUUCACUGAACUUCAGCUGAACAUCAUAGAUGGUGCAAAAUAUCCAAAAGUUGUGACUAAAACUGCUCAUCUUGGUGAAGAAGUCAACAUCACCUGUCAGAUCCCAGAGGAACAUAAAGUUCAUUUCUGCAAAGAGGAUGAUAAUCACAUCUGUCAAAACAUCAGCACAUCUACAGUGACAGAAAUGAACGGUUCAUCUGAGAGAAAUGAAGAGAGAGUUUUUACAGUGAGCAUCAGUAAUGUGAGCGUGAGAGAUGCUGGAGUUUACUGGUGUGGAGCAGAAACCAGAGACACACAUUUGACUUUCAUCUCCCUGAACACCAAAAUUCAGCUCAACCUCAUUACUAAAGUGGGAGUAUCUAGAAUGACAAGCCGCUCAGGAGGUCGUAUGAUGAUCAAGUGUGAACAUCCUCAAUACAAAACCAAUCCAAAAUACAUCUGUAAAGAAUCAGAUGGAUGUUCAGAGAGGAAGAAUCCAGGAGUUCAGGAUGAAUGGAUGGAGAAUGGAGAUGUCUCUUUAUAUGACGACACCAGAGCAGGAGUCUUGAUGGUGUUUUUUAGAGAGCUGAAAGCUGCAGAUGCAGGAACAUACAGGUGUGGAGUGAAUGUGUCUCACUAUACUGAGAGCUUCACUGAACUUCAGCUGAACGUCACAGAUGGUGCAAUGUUUGUGACUGAAUCUGCUCAUCUUGGUGAAGAAUUCAGCAUCAGCUGUCAGAUCCCAGAGGAACAUGAAGUUCAUUUCUGCAAAGAGGAUGAUAAUCACACCUGCCAGAUAAUGAGUAUGUCUAAAGUAAAACCAAUGAGUCCUUCAUCUGAGAGAAAUGAAGAGAGAGUUUUUACAGUGAGCAUCAGUAAUGUGAGCGUGAGAGAUGCUGGAGUUUACUGGUGUGGAGCAGAAACCAGAGACACACAUUUGACUUUCAUCUCCCUGAACACCAAAAUUCAGCUCAACCUCAUCAUGGCUCCAGUAGUGAGACGUGAAGGAGAAUCUGCUGAGAUCAUCUGCCCUUAUGAUUCAAUCUAUAAAUCAAAGUCAAAGUCUCUCUGUAAGGGGAAGUGCUCCACUAGAGAUAGAAAUACUCUCAAUGAAGAGAAAGAGACCAAGACUGACAGAUUGACUCUGAAUAAUAACGUCAAUGCAAGUGUCUUCACUGGGACCAUCACUGGACUGACAGCAGAGGAUGCUGGGAAAUACUGGUGUGCAGUGACAUUAGAGAGAGACGUGAAUUAUCUUUACACUCAUCUGAUCGUCAUCAUGAACAAGGAGCUGAACUUGACUAAGUAUGAAGGAGACGACAUGUCAAUCCAGUGCAAACAUCAUGAUGAACAUCAGAAACUCUUCUGCAAAGCACAUGAACCCUCCAUGUGUGUGAAGGAUGGAGUUUCAUUGGAGACGAUCAGAGAUGAUCGAUUCUCUUUCAGUGAUGAAGCUUCUACUGGAGUCUUUACUGUGAACAUCACUGAUCUGAGAGAAGAGGAUUCUGGGAUAUACUGGUGUGGAGCUCACAUCACCACUAAAGUUAAUCUACAAGUCAAGAAGAGUGUUUCUGAGCGAAUCGUCGUCUCUUGUGUAUGUGUGACUCUGCUGUUGAUGGGAAUGUCAGUCCUGUUAUUAUACAAAUUAAGAUACAUCAAGACACGAGAUCAGCACCCUUCCACAGACGGGACAGAGAUGAGCGGUGGAGAGGCCCCUCAUGCUGCAUGUGACUAUGAGAAUAUCAGAGACGUCAGACAGCGCUCAGUCUCGGGAACUGAGGAGAACAUGAUAUAUUCCAACAUUAAACUCCCCACAGACUCUUCUGAUCCACCCCACACGCUAUAUUCAACAGUACAGUUACCCACAACCCCCUCUGAUGGGCUCCUGUACGCGUCUGUCAGUUUCCAGAAGCAUGAAGAGUCUCUCGGUGACGCUAAAGUCAUCUUCAGUAAUGAGGAGAUUUACUCUGAUUACACCACGGUCAGUCCUCGCACGUCACUCAACUAGUUCAGUCAGAUGGAUCUUUCUGUAAUUCAGCUACGAUUACUGUGUGAUUUUAGGACACUUUCUGUGAGAUAUUUGGACACUUAAUCCACAGGAAAUGUAAUUUCAUUAGAUGCAAAAUAUUAAAUCAAGUGUCAUUUACUGUGAAGAAAGAUGCACAAGAACACUGUCUAGUUUCAAUUUGAAAUGCUAAACCGAUACAUGUAGUGCUGAAGACAAACACAGUUAUGAUUUUGUGAGUUUGUGGUUCAUUACAGUUUUUUUCAGUUGCUAACAAGCAUUGUUCAAUACCGAAACCACAUUUUCAAAACUCUUCACACAGUCUGCAUUAGCAGCAUUAAUGUUGGCUAAACAGUUAAUCUCACCUACAAAACUCACUCAGACCAACAUAACACUGGCAACAAUUCUCAUUCAGAAAACACACAUUUCAUUCACAACACACUGACCUAAAAAACACUAACAACAGGAAGCAUUACAUAAUUGAUGAACUUUUCUUUUUUAAAGUUUAAAUGAUUUUCCACAUAAAUCAGUUCUUCAUAUAGAAUACUGUAACACAAUUUCACUUUAUUGAAAGCAUUUGUAACACGAAUGAAUCAGAAAUUAAUCAAAAUUUCAUUUUUAUAUGAAUAUAAUACAUGAAAAUUAUAACCAAAAGGUGAAAAAAGAGGGAAAAAACUCCAGGGCUGCAAUGAUAAUAAAAAAAAGAAUAAAUAAAAUACAUUCUACACAUUACUGUAACAACAUGUGUAGUUGUUCAUUACAGUAAAUUACAGUGAUGGUUCUAGUCUGGUCUCUCUCUUGCAUUGGAGUGGGUGGAAUUUCAGCUAAAAUUGCAAUUAGCUUGUAAUGAUUAUUUUUUUAAUUUUUGGCUAUAAAAUUGAGAAUAUUUUAAAAUAAUUACUGCAUAAAUGCUUGGAAUUUGCCAUCAUUCUGUUUUGAAUGUGUUUUUAAUCAUUCUGAAUGCAGUGUGUUAGCAUUAGAAAAAUGUGCUGAAAAUACAUAGUAUUUUGCAUGUUGUGGAGUACGAAUGGGAAAAGAGUUCCUGAAUUUUGAAAAGUGUGGUCACUGAAUGCAUUGUGUCUGAAAGCAAUGAAAAAUGUUCACAGUUUGGUCUACAUUGACUUUUGUUUUGCUGAGAGUUUUGAAAAUGUGGUUUCAGUAUUGAACAAUGCUUGUUAGCAACUGAAAAAAACUGUAAUGUGAUGAACCAAAAAGUUCUGAGAUUUUCAAAUCUAGUAGCAUUUGUUUGCACAAGACACUUGUUCUGAAAUCUGCUCAUUUGACAGUUUUUUUGUUGACUGUCAUUUUAGUUUAAAAUAGUAAUUUUGUCACACCCACUCAAAACCACAAAAAAGUGUAGAUAAACAAACUAAGACGAAGAGCAGAGCAGUUAUAUCUGCUAAAGGUCUACAAGGAAACAGCUGAACAGACACACCCCAGCAGGGUUUUUAGGUGUUGAUCACACAGGACACACAUUCAAAUGUGACGUGACAUGGUCUCCCAUACUCAGAAUUUGUGCUCUGCAUUUCGCCCAUCCAAGUGCACACACACAGCAGUGAGUAUUGAACACACACUGUGAACACACCACCUACAGAUGUAUUUUCAUUAUUGAAUUUUUCUUACUGCAACUGUUAAUUUAUAUUUUCUAAUUGCACUGCGUAUAUUUAGAUGCCUCAUGUGGAGCAGAAGGACCAUACGGAAUAAAGCAGUGUAUGCCAUGUCAGUUAUGAGACUGAGAUGUUAAUGCAUCAUGCUCCUUGUUCAUAUCAAGUCUGUAUUGUACAGUUCAUCACCUGUGUGUGUGUUAUAUACAGCUCUCUGUUUAUCAUUGAUCAGGUGUUUUAUAUUCAAAGUGAUCAUCUUACAGGGACACUAACCUGCAGAAUCACCUCUAACUAAUCAGUGUUUGACUACUAAUUAUUUUGUUUAUAUACUCUGUUCUGUUUGAGUUUGCUGCCCUCUGCUGUUUAAACAUUAAACAUG